CUACAAGAAAGAGUGCAAGACCAGAUCGAGUCGCAACUGUGUCUACCUAUAACAACCUACACCUCCUCACAUCGAACACCUUUCGCUUUGGCCAUGGCAGAAACUACUCCCAAAAAAAUUCCCACCGCUACCGAGAAGAGGGCCGCCGCCCUCGCCGCCAUCGAAGCCAGAGCUCGGAACGGCCCGCUCUCGAGCACCCCCCAGGAGCCCUCGUCCAACUCGACCCCCGGAGCAUGGACACCUCCUUCUCCCGAAGAGGAUAGGAAACGUAAGCUCGAACUGGGAAGGAUCGUCGCCAGGGAUAUCAUGGGUUCGAACAAUUACACCUCUGCCGCGACUUGUAUCGAGACCUUGUUGAAGAUCGCCAACAACGUGCUCUCAAAUCCUACCGAACAAAAGUUCACUCAGAUCAAGACCAACAACGCCGCGAUGAAGCGGACCGUGCUCGACGUCAAGGGGGGGCAGGACUAUCUCGUCGCGAUGGGUUUCCGUUCCCGCACAAUCUCCUUCACCCAAUCGUUCGUCCUCGAACCUUUCCCGCUCAGGCCGGGGAUGAAACACGGGUUAGAGUUGGGGGUUCAGGUCUUGGAGGCGCAUCUCACUCAAGCUCUGGACCGGCUCGACCACAGUACGGCCUCGGCGACCAUCCUCGCUGCCCAAGAAUCCGAGGCUGCUCGAAAGAAACGAGCGUUGGCUGAGAUCGACGCCGACAGGGAGCGUGUCAAGGAGAGGUUGGAAAGAGAGAAGAUAGGACGGGAAGCUAGGGAGAAGAAAAAGAGGGAGGAAGAGGAGAGGUUGGCGCAGGAGGAACGGGAGGAGGAAGAGAGGUUGAACAAGGUGACCGGAGAGGGCGGUCAAGACGGUGAACGUGUUGACGGUGGCAGCGAUGAGGUUGGUGAUGAGGGUGGUGAUGAGGCGCAAGAGGCGCAGGAGAUCAAGGAAGAAGCCGCCGUCAAGCAUGAGUAGUGAAUUGAUUGUCAUGGGCAAUCGUUAGUCGACAUCAUCAUGUAGCCAAGACUUCCCGUUUUUCUGUAUAAAUCGCGUAUCUCU